AUGAGCCUAUUGCCUAAACUGUGCCACACGAAUCAUCCGAUUUCACCGUUUUCAACUGUAACUCCACAAGGAAGUAGUCACCCGAUCAAUCCAAAUUGCCCACAACACAAGCCAAUCAACAGAGAAUUGCGGAAAUCUCUUCAUAUCUGUCGCAGGGGAGCUCUCAGCCGUGCCGCUCGUACAGGAAAUGAAGAUAUGCAGUGGCGGUACCGAGCGGCGCAGGGCAAUGGGAGCGCGGCAAGAAUGGAGACAGACCGUUCGUACAAGCUGCAAGCACGAGAGGAUACCAUGGAGUCGUUCAAUUUCGGUGCUACAAUCUCGCGCCCCGGUGCCGUCCUUUCGCUGGCCAUGGCCUCCUCUCUUGUCUUGUCACAUCUCUCCUCAGCUCAAGAUGGGAAGUCAUGCCAGCCUUAUACUUGGGAUUCCCUUUCUCAGAUGCGCAUUGCCGCGGCCGAUGACGACUCCGGGCCAACUGAAGGUACCCUUAUCAUCGUUAACCCGGGCGAGGUCAACUGCCGGUACUGGACCGAUACCCCAAAAGAUGUUAGCUAUUACACAUGUUCGGAGCUUGCUCAGCGCUACGAUAUGCCCAGCGACCUUUUCUUCACUUUGAACCCAAGUCUUGAUAGGGACUGCGGUAACAUCAAGCCCCAAACCGAGUACUGCGUCUCAGGAUGGCUGUUGAUGGUCUCUGCGGUCCUCGUCAUAACAACGCUACCUGACUCGGAACCGACAAGCAGUGCUGCAACUCGGAGACGUGGACCUGCGGCGAUUCGACGUAUCGAGGACUGCGCCCCUGGAACCUGCUACGAGGGCGACUGCGUGGGCGAUACUGUCUAUAGCACCGACGGUACAUGUGGACAGGACUACGGCUUCCGCGUCUGCGCUGGCCGCUGGGGAAGUUGCUGCAGCCUAGACGGUCGAUGCGGCACGGGCGACGCUUUCUGUGGUCUCUUUGCCUGCCCGGAUGGGGACUGCGACAUUUGGAAGCAGGACGAACAGCCGGCCGGCACAAAGUGGACGAAAGACGGUACCUGCGGUGGCGCGGAGGGAAUGAGGUGCUCGGCCGAGUGGGGGAGGUGCUGCAACGUGAACGGUAUUUGCGGUGAGAAGCCUGCCGACUGUCAUAUUGAGAGAGGGUGCCAGGACGGGUUUGGAAUCUGUGCCUCGACUUCGACAUCUCCCGUGUCCACACUCACAUCCGCUUCGUCCACGCCUGCGGUCAUUUCGACGUCCACGGUCCCAGGAACCUCGACUCUGGGGACCACCGGGACCUCUGUGACAACCACAGGCACCUCCACAGCGGCUCCCUUUCCUGCCUGUACCGGCGGCUCGAACGCGAUAGGUAUCACAGAAAACCUCAAGGGCCUGUGUUCAUACAGCUGUGACUUCAAUCACUGUCCUGCUGGUGCAUGCGUCUGCACGGGGCCCGCCUCAGAGCUGGCUGACGGUAUACCGGAACUGACAGGGCGCCACGGCUGUCCAGAUGAUAAUGUCACUGAGAAUCUAGCCUAUUAUGAGGACCUCUGCGAGUUUACUUGUAGCCACGGAUAUUGCCCGUCCGGUGCCUGCGAGUACUCCAUCGCAGUAAAUGAGCAAGUAUCACACAUUUGUGCUGGAACUCUCAUCUUUCAAUAUUUUAGUUAUCGUGGGCUAGGAAAAUGGGAAAAGUGCGAUGAAUAA